AUGUCGUUCCCCAUUCUGAUCGCAUAUAUCGGUCUCUACGUCGCAAACUACUACCUCAGUCCCACUGGCCCCGGGUCCGAGCACCGCGACGGCGACUCCGGACGUAUACCACCUCUGGCGAUCGUGCUCAUGCUACUCGGUCCUGAGCUCAUUCAGAAAGCAUUCGCUAUCACGACUGAGAUUUCCAAGACAGAGUCUCCAUGUUUCGGUUUCGGGUGGCUAGCUUAUAGCUUGUCAUUCUUGUCGUCAGUCACGUCCGGCAGUGGUGGUUUGAUGCCCAAACCGGAGUGCGAUGUGAAGGUUCUGGACAUGAGCACGGGGAAGAGACGGUCGAACAAGGAGUUUGCUAUUGCGAGGUUGCUCCGCGACCUGGAGUUUCGCUCUGUACCGCCCAGCAUCGAUGGGAAGUUUGAUGAUGAUAGCGAGGUCGUCAUCGAGGUUCUCCAACCCACUGGCAUUUCCUCCGCCUCGACUUCUCUCAGAAACCUACUCCAGAGCGGUAGCUUAAUGACCGCAAUCCUCCAAUUCUGUCUUGCCGGCGCAUUCUGGUUCUACUACGGCGACCUCUCACCCCUCCUGCUACUCAGCAUAUCAAUCUUGCUCAUCGAAGCUACGGCCAGCCUACCCGUCUGGGCUGCCCAGAAGAACGCUUCCUUUACCAGGAAUAAUCAGAACGGCGCAUACGCACUCAUGCGCGACACUGACUCCCCACCCAGCCACAUCUACAUCAUCCAGCCCUCCUCGACUGCAUCCACCAACACCGAAGGCGUGACCACACAUGACGACACAUCCACCAACGCCUCAAAUCCUUGUAUCUCACCCGUUAUCCUCAUCGCCGGUGCCUUCCUGAGCCAGGCCCUGCUCUACACCCAGCUCUCAGACAACGCAGCUAUUGCUAUGCUGCUUAUCAUGUUCGUUGGUACGAUUAGUAACCUUGCUAUCGUUGCUGUGCCGCGCGUGCCACAGGUCGAUGGCAUGAAACUAGGGUCUGUUGGUGUGAUGAAGGGGGAGGGGAGUGUUGUGGAGGUUUUGAAGGACGUCGAGGCGGCGUUUGAGGGGUAUGGAGAGGUGCUUUUGAAGCAGUGUUUCCCUGAGAUGAUCGGGAACUGGGAAGGUGGGAUCGAGAAGGAGAGGAUGGGGGAGAUGGAUUAA